AUGCAGCACCUGUGCACCAACCUGCUCCGGCCGGUGAACGACGACGGCGGCGGCCAGAAGAGUCAGCGCCCAACCCAGCAAAGCCCUCCAGAGUUAGAGCCCAACCCAGCAAAGCCGGUUGCACUGGUGAGCGUCGUGCUGUUGCCGCCGAGAAGCACCAUUCCGGACAAUCACCGUCUGCCGUUCGGCACCAUCGGUGGUGGCCGUGGUGGCCAGAGCCUAGCGACGCUGACUAUAGUACGUCCGCUGGUGCGGCGCCGCCUAAGCUUCCUCACCGAAGACGCGAACGGUCUCGAACCGGGCUCGUCGAGAACCGUCGAAGCCUCUGCUCGCUGCUUCCGGCGUCCAGAAUCGUCCGACAACGGUACGGUGCAAAACAAGCGGGGUAAGCUGAUCGAACGUUCACCGACGAAGCCCGAUACUAUCGCCAUGAUUCCGGAGCAAACCCUCCACCAGGAGCCGCUACCGACGAACGAUGAGCGGAUCAUGAGCGCCGUGUCGCGAUCCGACACCGAACCGGACCUGAUUGGCGAUUGUACAGUACCCUACAUCCUGCCCAUGGUGAACGGACGGCACCAGGACUUGAAGUACAUUUCCGACGAAACGAUGGCCCGGCUACUGCACGGCGAGUUCGGACAGCAGGUGGCAAGCUACGAAAUCAUCGACUGCCGCUUCCCGUACGAGUUCGACGGUGGCCACAUACGUGGGGCAAAAAAUCUCUACACUCGGGAGCAGAUAACCAAGCAGCUCCUGGACCAACGCAAACCGGAGCAGCCAGCGACGAUCGGCGAGCCACACGGUCAGGGCAGUGGGGGUGCCACGCGGCGUCACAUCCUCGUCUUCCACUGCGAGUUCUCCGUCCAGCGGGGUCCCACGUUGUCGCGCUUUCUGCGCAAUCACGAUCGCAACCUGAACAUUGAUCGGUAUCCCGUGCUGCACUACCCCGAGGUCUACCUGCUGCACGGAGGUUACAAGAAGUUCUUCACAUCGUACUCCUCGCUCUGCGAUCCGAUCACCUACCGGCCUAUGCGCGAUGGCGAAUACGCCAACCGGUAUCGUUACUUCCGAGCUAUACUCUAUAGCGAAACCUUGAAAUUACGGUCGCAGCUCAUGCGUUGA